AUGGAUGUUAUACGCUCGCCGCGCAACCUGGACAUGAUUAGGGCCGCGACUGGUGCCUACCCUUUCGUGCCGGGCAUCGAUCACGUCACGGCUAUCGUCGGCGAGACGGUCGUUCCGACCACGUUUUCGCUGAACGUGGAAGCUGCAACAGAGCACUGCGAUGGUGGGAAUGGCGGCGAUCGACGCGUGCCGAACCAUAAUUUAUUGAAGCAAGUAUGCGACGUGAUUGUUGGAGUGCACAAUGGAAAGGGCGCUCUGGCAGGUGCGCCUGAUAGUGACGUGGAAGGUUCUGUGGUCAUGGCGAUCGAAGCUCUCGUUCGAGUGCAAACGGUGCAUCGUGUGAGCAAGAUUGACUGA